UCAUCACUUGGUCUUAAUCCAUUGCGAGGACCACAUCUUACACGACUGGUCCCCGGUGUAGUCUUCUGCUGGUGUAUGCAAUCCGCUUCAAGUUUCGACGUGUUGUGCGUUCAGAGAUGCUCUUCUGUAUACCACUGUUGUAACGAAUGGCUAUUUGAGGACCCAGCCGCUGACAUAACUGGGGACGAUGAUGAAAGCGUUACUAUUAUUAACGCUCUUAGUGGGCUCGGCCCUGCCCGAGCAACAACUGGAAACUAAAGAUUUAUCGACCCUGGCCGAGCAACAGCUGGAAACUAAUGAAUUAUCGGGCCUGGCCGAGGAACAGCUGGAAACUAAAGACUUAUCGGGCCUGGCUGAUGAACAGCUGGAAACUAAAGACUUAUCGGCCCUGGUUGAGGAACAGGUGGAAACUAAAGACUUUGGAAAAUCUGCUCUUAAGAAGGUGUUAAAAGCAUUAUUUGAAGGACCUGGGUUCGCAGCCUUCGAAGUUGCCAUUCAGGCGCUGGUCAUUAUUGCUCUCCUUCAUCUCAUCCUUAAUCUUCUGGUAAUCAUCCUAAAAGACAUAUUGCCGGUCGUUCAGAGUGUGUUAGAGGAACUGGAAAUGGAGGAAGACUCUGGUACUGGAGGUUACGGUGGUACUGGAGGUUACAGUGGUACUGGAGGUUACGGUGGUACUGGAGGUUAUAGUAGCUACAACCGGAGAGCCGUCGGUAACCCAUCAUUCAUAAACCUGCCAAUUGUGCAGCGUCUUGCAUCACGCGUCCACACUGCCAUCGAGAAGUUUCAAGCAACUGUAGAUAAAUGGUGAUUAAGUCCUGGGAAGGAGUAGUGAUUUUCCAAUGAAUUUCUUCCCUUCCCAUAACUUUUCAUCAAAAGAGAGAUUCGUUCGCUAUAUAUAUAUAUAUAUAUAUAUA